AUGGGUCCACGAUUGUAUCGCCGUGUUCUACUCACCACGCUCGUCUUGCUGGCCAUCGCUGCUGUGAUCUACACCAUCUCCCGCAUCAUCGCCUUUGCUCAAUUAUUCGGUCUCACAAAGCCUCACUCCGGCAUUCGCAUUACGCAAGCCGAAGUUGCAGCUGCCCAUAGGAUCAACUCCGACCCGCGAGAGCCUCUGGUUCCCAAAAUUAUCCACCAGAUCUUCCACAAUUGGCACGAUGCGAACGAUGAUACUCUUCGGCCAGACUGGGCUGCAGCCCGGAAAACCUGUGUGAAUCUUCAUCCCGACUGGGAGCAUAUGCUGUGGACAACCAAAUCGUCUCGCAAGUUCAUUGAGGAAAAGUUCCUCUGGUUCCUCCCCGUCUACGAUCGAUACCCAUAUCCCGUGCAGAAGGUAGAUGUUAUCAAAUACUUUGUCCUUCGCUACUAUGGCGGAAUCUAUAUCGAUUUGGAUAAUGGCUGUGCUGCAAACCUAGAACCACUCCUCUACUACCCAGCAUUUACUACGGACGGCGGCCACGGAGCCCUGAGCAACAAUAUCGUCGGUGGCCAGCGUGGCCAUCCACUAUUCUCCCUCCUGACCGAUAAUCUACUCCGCUGGCAAGUGAACUACAUACUUCCCUACGCCACGAUCAUGUAUGCCAGUGGUCAGUGGUACUUUACAGCAAUGUGGGAAAGGUAUCACUCAUUAUUGUCACGCGAAAAAGAAUGGCUCCAAGGUAGUGACGAGCCUGGGCUCGCGCCUCUAUAUCACAUUCUCAUGGAUGGGCGCCCUGGUGCAGACCCUUGGGUCUUCUUCACUCAGGUGGAUGGCAAUUCGUGGGCGAAUUGGGACAAUCGGAUGUUUUCUGUUAUAGGCGACAAUAUAGCCUACAUUACGCUGCUCUUCAGCAGUCUUUUCCUUCUCAUCUUGUGGGCUUGCAUGCGAUACUCUACGCGCGGGUCUCCCGAGACAGCGCAAAAGCAAUCGGCGGCUUAG